AGUGUGCAGAGCCACAAGCUCAAAGGAAAGAACAGAAGUUCCCAUAAAGGAUCAAGGUAUUUAUUUCUAUGGGAGUCACUCUGUCCUGUGCCACAUAAGCAAAGCAAUGGGAUCAAGUGAGUCUAAAGCUCCUUCACUACUGUUAGAGCAGCCAUGGAGAAAGGUGUCAGAGGAGUAUCAGAGCAAUCUUGUGUUUGUGAAUUCUUACCAGCCUGUAAACAGACAAGUCAAACAUCUCAGGAUUCUGCUUCAUGGACCAGUUGGUGCUGGAAAGUCGAGCUUCAUCAACUCUGUCAACAGCGUUUUAAAAGGCAGACCUUCCGUUCGAGCUCAGACAGAUGCAAUCUCUGGGAGCAGCUACACCAAACAGUACCGGACCUUCAAGUUUCACAAAAAUUCAGGGGCCACUUACUCUUUUGUUUUCAAUGACAUCAUGGGCUUUGAGGAAGGAUCUGACACUGGAGUCCUUGUGGAAGACCUCAAACUGGCCCUGAGAGGACACGUGAAAGACAGUUACAAGUUCAACCAGAAAAAAGUAUUGCUGGAGGGUGAUGAUGGUUACAACUCCGAUCCCAUUUUGGAAGACAAAGUUCACGUUCUGGUGUGUGUUGUUCCUGCGGACGCAGUGUCUAGGUUAAGUGAUGAGAUGGUGAAGAAGAUUAGAGAGGUCAGACUCGCAGCCAGUGAACUGGGAAUUCCCCAACUGGCUAUUAUCACCAAAGUUGAUGAAGCCUGUCCCGAGGUUAAAAAGGACACAAUCAAUAUCUACAAGAGCAAGUACCUGAAGGAGCAGGUUGACAGAUUCCACCAGCUGCUGGGCCUUUCAAUGAACUGCAUCUUCCUUGUGCAGAACAACAAUCAGGAAAUUGAGUCAAAUGACAAAAUUAACCCUGCAAUACUGUGCGCACUGAAACAGAUGCUUUGGUAUGGAGAAGACUUCCUCAACGACCAGGAACAUGAAUUCCCCUGAGGCAAAAACACAGUAGGCCAUUUGUCGGGGAAUGAGGAAAUAUUCAGCCAAUUUUUAUUGUCUUGCAGGUAAUAUUCAACAUCAACCCCCUGCAUGUAAAAAUUCACAUAUCCCCUACUGCAAAUAGAUGAUUGAAGCAUUAUCAUGGUUUGCAUAAAAAGUUCAAAUAAUGUGCAUGCAAAAUAAUCAAAUGAAUAAAUACGCAACAUGUCCAGUUACAGUAAAGUUACAGUAAAGUUACAGUUACAGUGGGUAAUCUAUAAUUGAUUAUUUUGGAUUUGAUGCCAUAGACAAAUACAAUCAAAUUGAAGUGAAUAUAUAUGAAAUAGUACAUAUACAUAUACAUAACAGUAUCUAUGCUUUGAAGGGUAAAAUAAUCCUGCAGAUGUUUAUAAUCCAGCAUUUUUUUUGUUUUAGGAUAAUCUUUAGUCCAUUUAAGGUCAUUUUUUUAUUAAUUUCCAUAAAAAUCUGUUACUCAACAUCAACUGUUUCAUUGCCAAUUCUUCCUCCUAACCACAAUGGAUUUGUUGAUCAAUGAAGUUGGAACAUAUUAACUAUUAAUCAAUUCAUUUUCAUGUAGUAAAUGAGGUCCUACUGUCUUUAUAUCAUUUCUCUCAUUGAGACUUUGCAAUAUAGCUGGACAAUGCUCUGUCAUUACGUCGUUAGCUUGGUGUGACGUCAUCACGUGAUCUGGUUAACAACUCAGCUGUUGUGAUGGUGUGAUGUCCUCGUGUUUAUACUCCCAGUAUUUUAUAUUUUUCACCUGCUCUAACAAAUAAAUUCUACAUUCCUUG